AUGUUAAAGCAUCGAGACAACAUAUCUUAUCCACCCUUCACUUUGGAUCCAAAUGGUGUUGGCGUGACAACAUUGGGCCCAGGCGGGGCUGGGAAGGGAGGUCAACAGAUCCAAUCAUUCGAUGAUGUUGCCCCCGAUGGAGCGCCGGUGGCUGCGAAAAGGAAAAGAAACCGUGAUAUUCGUGGUAUUGAACGGUUUAAACAAGUUGUGUACAGCGAGAAGGGUCUGUCACGCUUCCACGCGAUGAUUUUACGUAACCCCAUACUCAUGUAUCCACCGGAAGGAAUAGACGACGCCAGAAAAAUCGUGUUGGCGGAGCGUAGAGGCAGAGGCAGCGAGAAGCAACGGGAGUCAGGGUCAGUACCUCGGAAUGGUGAUGACGAUGUGCUUGCCGCACUUGGCGAGAUCACCCCAUCAGGAGAUGCACUGGCAGGCUCUACAAUUCAUCUGGAGGAUGGGCUUCCACUGAGCACUGAAGGGCAUAGAGAGGGCAAUGGGACUAACACAGCAGAGCGUUGUCCCACCCUCACCAAUGGCAUAGACGUUCAAAGCACAGAAGAAAUUCAAAGAUCAAAUAAUGAAGCACUGGCGAAUUACCACCACCAACAACUAGAUACGCUCGUCGGCCUCUACUAUGAGUUCAAUCACUUAACAUUUUCGAAGCUGCCUAUGAAAGACACACUUCAGAUGCUGCGGCGCUGUGGACGCAGCUGCAUGCCGCAUGUUAUGGAAUUUGAGGAGAAGCAGCGUGCUUAUAGGAGCUCCAAAUUGGAGCAACUGCGAACUUUGGAAGCUGAGGAAAAGAGACUCAACCGUGUAACCCUAGAGUUGCAGGAGCAGAGGUUGCAGAUGGAGUUACAAGAGGUUGAAGAGGAACAAACGAUAAUAAAUGCGGUAGAGAGCAGUGAUUCUUUUUAA